AUGGGUGCGGGAUCCUCAAAGGUUGCGCGCAAAUUACCUAAAAAUGCGACAGCCGCCUCUCUCGCCGCCGCGUCGCGCUCUGGCGUCGCUGCCGCACCAAGAGCCCCCCCUCCUCGCGUAAACGGGGGACAGGAGGCGCCAUCGCAGUCGCAGAUGGAUUCAGCUUCAUCAAAUACUUAUGAAGAAGCAGCAGCGACGUCGACUCAAGAUCAGUUUCACCACGGUCAACAACCACCUACAAGGACAUCAUCAUCAUCAAAAACCUCCUCAUUCCCAUCUCCAACAGGAUCAGGUUCUCCCCUCGACGCAAUCGGCGACCCCGCCUUCGCCGCCCGCCUGCGUCAACUCUCCGCCACCGUCCAACCCAACCCCAUCCACUCGCCGUCGUCCACCGUCUCCGUUCAUCCUCAACCCCAACUUCAAUCGCAGCACCUUCCGCCGUCCUCCUCCUCCUCUUCUUCCCAAUUCCAGUCCCACCAGUUCCCUUCCAGGCGACUGUCCCCUUCUCAAUCUCAAUCUCAGUCUCAGUCUCACGCACAACAACAACCCCCCCAAAAGGAAAACAUCCCCACACUCCUCUCGCCCUCGUUCCCCGCUUUGCAAUCCAAUGCCACCCUCACCGCGCUUGAUGCGCGUAAAGUCUUGGAGCGCAAAUACGAGGAGGAGAUGGAUAAGUUUGGGAGAAACGACAAGAGCUUCCAGGGCAGGCAGUUUUUGUCGGUGCAGAUGGUCAAGGAUGUGUUUGAGUUGAGGAAAAGGGGUGCGAGCGAGGAGGAGAUUGAGAGACGGUUGGGAUUGGCGAAGGGGGUGGUUAGAGGGGUGGAGGGGGGUGGGGUUGUGAGGGCUGUAGCGCAGGUGUAGUGGAGGCGCGGGCUUGAAGAAGGGGAAGGGGGGAUAUGAGAGGGAAGGUGGUCGCGAGGUUGGGACGUGAAGCGUGUAUUGAAGAGUAGGUGGUUAAAUGAUGAUAAACGGGGUGAAGGAAAAGGGAAAAGAAGAAGGCAAUACAGAACUUCAUGGGGUGGUAGUGGUGGUUUCAUAAAGAGAUGUGAGAAGUUGAAGGCCAGGAGAAGACAGGACAUGGUUGCGGUCUAUCUGCGGAGACACAGCACGCACGCUACAUACAAUAAAGAUAAAACAAUUACAAG